UAGGUGAUUUUUUCGAGGUUAUUUUUUUGUUUUGAAACGAUUCUUGAAAAGUGGGUCGAAAUCUUGUCAAAAACAUUUACUAUCGUUGUUUGUUGUUGAAAUAAUUGGUCCGAAUCGGAAAGCCAUUGAACAUGGACUUAUUCACGAAGGAUGACGACACCGUUCACCGGGAGGCGUUGUGGAAAACAAUAGCGCAUCAUAUUGAAGCUGUGCCGGUUGAACUAAGGAAAGCCUUGGAGGAAAGAAAAUUCGAUCGGCUCAUAAUUCUGGGAAAUCUGGAUGAGCAUGCCAUCGGAAGUCUCCCGUUGGAUGUAGGUCCGAAGAUUUUCCUUGGGUACAUGGUAAAACGCAUCCGAGAAUUAACCAUCCCGUUUUUGAAUGCGGAUUUAAACAGUCGCGUUGGUUCCCAUCGUUCGGUGGAUAUAACACCGAACCAGAAAACCAUGAAGAAGCGAAAGCAUACGCCCACUACUUCUGCGGGAAGCUCGAUGCUCGGCUCGAUGGAAAGUGAAGCCGAUUUUAACGCCAGCGUGUAUCAGAACCGGAUUGCAGUUCUCGUCGCAAAUUUCUUGAACACAAAAUCGCUGCCAGGUCAGGUGAAACCCGGAGAUGUUCAAGUAAUUGUGUCCAAAAAUGAAGCAGAGCCUCCGGUAGCAAAAGUCGUUUGUGUCAGCUGUAAAUUGCCGUGCAAUGUUGCCUUGACCGAAGCACGACCUGGCGUGUUCCACCCAAAUCUAAUUUCUUCAAACACUACACCAAGUCACAUCCAAAGUAUACUCCUCCGGUCAUGAACAAGGACAUCCGGACAGCUUUUACUCGAACCAAGAAGGAAAAUGUAAGAAAUCAGGAGCAGCAGACAACAGUAACUGAAAGCAGUGCAUCUCACUAUGACCUCUUGGAGUCAGACGUUCCCGGCGAAGGCGUUUUGGAGGUAGACGUUCCCGGCGAAGGCGUUUUGGAGGAAAUCGAACCAGGAAACGAAGCAGUCACUAUCGAGAUUCUGGAUGCUAGCAAAGCUGUCGUUGUUGACUCACAGUUAAAAGUCGCAAGUCGGUCUCGAUCAGAGAAUCGGAAUUGGAUGCUCGUUCGUGAAAUCGAUUCUAAUCAGCCAUUAAUCACAAGCUAUUAUGAGUGCACUCAACGAAUCGUUAAUAUAGCUGAACAACUCCAAACCGAUUCGAGUUCGGGACGGUCGUCUAAUUCUACACCAUGUAUCCUGGAUAUUGAAACGACUUCUAAUACGGCUUCACCUAGUAUGAAAUCUAAACUCCUUCUGGAGCUCGUAAAUCUCUUCAAUGUCAGCGGGAAAAGGAUCAAAUUUGCAGAUGAGUUUAAGACGUAUUGCACCUACAUGUAUAUUUUAGCAGGACCGAAGGCUUAUAUUUAAUACGCUUAAAUCAACAUUGCCGUUGAGAACUGCACAAAAACAUCUACACAAAACUAUUGAUCGAGUUAAAGAAGGGGAAUUGCGAGUUGAGCAGCUGAAGAAAUUUUUGGAACUCACGGAUUCUCCACCUGUUGUUUGGCUAUCCGAGGAUGCAACGAGGAUAGUUUCUAAAUUACAAAUCGAUCCUGCUUUGGAAAUAUAAUUGGAAUUCUUCUGCCGAAAGAUGAUGAGACAGGAAUGCCUGUAUUAUUACAGAGAGACCUUGAAAGUGUUUCACAGAUGAAAAAAGAAUUGAACUCCUCCACACUGACCAUCAACGCCGUAGUCACUAUAGCUAGACCCUUGAAAAAAGGUGCCCCACCUUUCUGUUUGAUGGUUGUGGGAUGUGAUAAUAAGUUUACUGCAGCACCAGUAACCAAACGACGCAUAUUCGUAAUAGAGAAACUAAAUUCUGUUGGUAUAUUAGUUCCAGGAAGCUCUUCAGAUGGCGAUUCACGAUAUACAUGUUCUCAAAAACAAUUCUGUGGAAUGUACAAAAAUGUGCAACUAACGAAUGUACCAGCAGACUGGAUCCAUUGGUUCAAUACUCCAUUUGAGAAUGAUUACGGUCACCACUGCAUUCAAGACACUGUGCAUAUCAUGGGCAAGAUGCGAAACCAUUUGUUCAACUCAGGAAGUGGUAUAAGAAUAGGAAAUUUCAUCGCAUCUAAAUCACACCUAAGGAUCGUUGUUCAGAAUAUACCACGCACAAUACAUAAAUUGAAUGUUGGAGACAUUUUGUCGAAUGACAAAAUGAAUUAUUCUUCUAUUACAAAGCUACUAAACCCAAAAAUUGAGGAAUGGGUUCUAACAAAUAUUCCUGGAGGUAGUGGAACUGUGAUGUAUCUUAAAAUAAUGCGAUAUGUGAAUGAAGCUUUCAUAGACUCAUCGCUCAGUCCUGUCGUAUUUAUAGGAUAAUGCGAUAUGUGAAUGAAGCUUUCAUAGACUCAUCGCUCAGUCCUGUCGUAUUUAUAGGAUGGCGUUUGCUGUAAUGGCUCUCCGUAUCUGGAAGACUUGUUGUAGGAAAAACAGGAGCUGCUUUAUGAUAACGGCAAAUAUCUACGCGUGCAUUGAAAUGAAUUUCCAUGAAUUGAUCAAACUCAUCAAUUUCUUCAGAGAAAAAUCAAUGGAUGAAUACUUUUUGCCAACAUUAUUCGGCAGUCAAGAUUGUGGAGAAUUUUUUCGCCAUUUGAGAUCAUUGACUACUUUGUGUUCAACAAUUGUUAAUUUUUCAAUGCUGGACUUAUUGCAUAGAGUUCAUAGAGUAGACUUUAUGAACUAUGCAGAAAAUAUACUGCAAUGUUAUGGAGUCAAUUCGAAGAAGAGUUCCAAAACCUGCCAGACAUUUCAACAUCAGGGCCUAGAGGAAAUCGAACAAACUGUUCUGGAUGCCCAAGUUGACGCUGAAAAUGAAAUGUUGCACCUGGGUCUUCAGGCUGUGCAUCCUAUCUCAGCCUCGAUCUCAGCAUUAUUUCCUGAAAUAAGGUCUGAAAUUCCUUUUGAAACACCCAUCACGAACGAAGAACGGAAUGAUGAUGAAGUCAAUACAUAUGCUGAUGCAGAUGUUGACUUGGAUGAUGAGCACAACUAUUUGGAUCUCGAUUUGGAUCAUUUGGAUAUAACUGUGGCUUCAAACGGUGAUUCCAGCAUGCAUGCCGAGAUGUAUGUACCUUUGGAUGUUGAAGAUGAAUUGCGGCUUAUGCUAGGAGAAAGCGCUAACAACAUUGAAAUUAAACAUCUCAUCAAGGAAAAUGUAUCAAUAAAAUCAUCACGACUGUACUUCAAAAUGCAGAAUUCAGAUGGAAAAGAAGUUUUUGUGAAAAAGUCAACUGUCGUUUGGUUGUUUAACAAUGUUAAGGAUACCGUUAGUUCAGAUCGCCUAUACCGUUUUGUUAGGAAUAAUGAUAGGAGAGUUGAUCCUAUUUUAGCCCAGUCUGCAGGAACGCAUGAUGAAAUUCAUAUUGGAGAUCGGUGUGAGUUUAAAUAUAGGGCACAUGGAAGAACACGAGUCGUGUAUGGUAAUGUGGUAGGAUUUGAAUACAUCAACGGUAGAUCGAAGAACUACACGCUGCACUGCGCUCCAGUAAAACCACCCAGUGGCAUUGUGCCAAGAGGAAUUUUUGUGUAUGCUAACUGGUUUGAACGAUGUGGCAAUGUAGCGAACAAAAUUCAACUUACUAACAUUGUAAAUGAUGGUCGGAUUGAUAUAGAUUUGUACAAAACACAUAUCCAAUCUCCAACAUUUAUAAACAAUGUUAUGACACUAGCUUGAACGCAGUUGUUUGUAUGAUUUGAAGUUUGACUAUUCUAAAUAUAUAAUAAAUACGAAAGGUUCACGACUUGAGGUUAAUAAAAAGAGAUCGAAAGAAAUAAAAAAAAUAGUUGAUAAUCAAAUAUUAAAACUCGGAUUUAAUUGAAUUUACACAAAUUGAAAAAAAAUAACCCUGGGAAUAUAAACUUAAUAGAAUAUUCGGUAAU